AUGGCUUCACGACUGUGCUCAGCGUGCAACGAGAAGCGAGCACAGAUCCUACGACCCAAGAACCACCACCGACUAUGCGCCACCUGUUUUACCGCUGUUUUUGAACAAGAAGUCGCCGAAGCCGUCGAAUCAACAAACCUUUUCUACCCUGGAGAGCGCGUGGCCAUCGGUGCCAGUGGAGGCAAAGACUCGUGUGUGUUGGCUGCCGUGCUCAAGACGCUGAAUGAGCGACGCAACUGGGGUCUGGACCUGAUUUUGCUGUCCGUGGAUGAGGGAAUCAAGGGAUACCGCGACCACAGUUUAGAUGCUGUCAGGCGAAACGCAGACUUCCUCCAGCUGCCACUGAAAAUUGUCAGCUAUGAGGAGCUCUACGGUUGGAGCAUGGAUCAGGUCGUCGCUCAGAUCGGAAAGAAGGGAAACUGCACAUAUUGUGGCGUCUUCCGAAGGCAGGCACUUGACAGAGGAGCUGCGCAGCUGGGAGUCAAGCAUGUUGUUACUGGACACAACGCCGACGACGUGGCAGAGACAGUGCUCAUGAACCUGCUGCGUGGUGACUUGCCACGACUGAGCAGAGCCACUAGCAUCGUCACAGACAACAAGGCUGGUGACAACACAGGAUCAGCAGCCACGACCGAAAAUGGAGAAGUCGAAAUCACGAACGUCAAGCGUUCCAAACCCCUCAUGUACGCCUAUGAGAAGGAAAUCGUACUCUACGCCCACCACAACAAACUUGACUACUUCUCGACCGAAUGCCUUUACUCGCCCGAAGCCUUCCGCGGAAGUGCACGCACACUCAUCAAGAACCUCGAACGUAUCCGCCCGGAAAGCAUUCUCGAUGUUGUACGAAGCGGUAUCGACAUGGCUACACUCGUACCAGACGCAGAUGGACGUUGCAAGGGUGGAUGUGGCUCCAGCCAGGCACAAGCACAGCCAGGAGCAAGCAGCAUGCGGCCAGACGAGGAAGAUGACGGUAACGGCGGUUGUGGCAGUGGCAACGGAAGAGGAACCGGAGGCGAGAUGGGAGAUAUGGAGAAAAAACUACAAGAGAAUGAGAGAGCAGAAGAGGAGGGAACAGAGACCGAGAUCAAGUUGCCAACAAAGACACAGCAGACAACAGUACCGCUGCGACCGAAGAAGACCAAGGGACCGACUCCACCAGCAAAUGCGAAGCAGACACUCGGAAAGUGCGAACGUUGUGGAUACAUGUCGUCGCAGGCAAUCUGCAAGGCUUGUAUGCUGCUCGAGGGCUUAAACAAGAACAGGCCGAAGACAGCCAUCACUGUUGAUGGUUGA